CCACACACAUUGUGAGCUCAGCAGCUUCCAACUCCUGUAUCCCUUUAGAGGCCAACAUGCAGCGCUUUGUAAACCCGCUUCUCAGGCACACAAUUACUAGGGGAUGCUUUGAUGAUGCUUCAAAGACACAGUGCUUGCAGUAUUUAAGAGCUCUGAAGGCGCUGCAGCGUGAUGGUUUCAACACUAUCUUCUUAGGGGAAACAGAUAUUUCAGAAAGUCUUAUAACAGGAGAAAAAAUAGCUGAGGAGGGCAGGCUACGUUGGCCAGUAUGGACAGUUGUUCAUGCCGGCAGCAGCCAAGGGUGGGUGCCAUGGAAUUACAAACUGCUGUUAAGAAAUGAACUGUUCAGUCAAAAUCAGAAUGGUGUCUUUCAGGAGCUUUGUGAUUCUCUGACCACGUGCUAUGGGAAAUGCGUAAUUGUGACAAGAGAUAAAAGGCAGCUGAUAGCUCUAGGGGCAAAGAGCAACAAGGAGCAGGAGACGGGAUUGCUGACUUCAGUCCCACCAGUAACCUACAUGUCCAGCAUCAAGUGUUGCCCUGAGACUGCUAGAGCCAAUGGCCAUGAGCUUCUUUCUGUGCCUCCGUCUUACACCUACCUCUAUCCAAUGGAUGUUGCCUGGUCUUCUCUGAAAUGGUUUAUUAUAAACAACAGGAAGGACUUUGCCCUGAGGUCUGUUGACUAUACCCACUCCUACAGAUGUAUCCUCUUCAGUGAUCUGAUCAUUAAAGGAAUAGAGAAGAUGACCCCAAACAAAUGGAAGAUAGUGAUUAACAGAGUGAAGAAAUGGGAAAACUACUACCUUGACUCACUUUCUUAAAUGGUUCUGCCUAUUUUCAGGCCUCAGAUGUGCUUUGAUACUGGUUCCUGCUCUGGUGAUCCCUUUUGUUCAAAGGAUUUAAACUUUAAAAGCAAUAUCAAUUGUACCAAUAAAAGAGAUCGUUUUAAAUAUGAA